AUGGAUGUGGCACCAUUUGAAGGGGUGCCUCUUGCACCCAAGGGUGCGACCCUUGCCGACUUUGACGCCUAUAUUGCCGAGACCAGGGCCCUCCUCGAGGACCGAUACCCCCGGCAGACAAUUACCAACGAGAUGCUCGUUGUUGCCAUACAGACUCGAGCCCGCGCCGAACUUGACGCCAUGGAGGCUGCAGAUGCGGAUCAUGACGCAACUACAGACGAAGACCUCGAGAUGGAAGGUGUCAUCCCUGACAACGACAUCAUCAACGACUCUCUCGCCCACGGCCCCGAGUCUCAGCCUUGGCGUGACGCCGCGGAGGUCGAGUACCACACUCGAGAGCACGCGAAACGUGUGUGCCGCAGUGACCCCUUUUCCUCCAUCCGGCGCAGCAUGGGAGGCAUGCGCGUUCGCUUCAGCCUCCUCGAGUCGCUUUGCCAGCACGUCGAGCUUGCUGUCGAGCUUGGUGGUCACCUCGAGCCAAGGGACGUCUUGUCCUUGUUCUCCGUCAGCCGCACCUUCCACGGUGCCAUCAGUGCCGUCAUGACCUCGACCCUACGCAUGUGGGUACGCCGGCAUGCUCCUGAGAGCGGUGACAUCUUCUCCUUUCGGCUCUACCGCCACCUCUGCGUCCGAGACCCCGCCGGCCGCACCAACGCCUUCGGCUCCAAGCAGUUCGACCCUUUCGACGCCGUCAUGGCCCAAGUCCGCCACGUGCCCUCUUUGAAGUGGUACCAGAUGGUCGUGCUCCGCGAGCGGUGCGUCAACGACAUUGUCGAUGCCCUCGAAGGGGGGGGUCAGCAGCUGCCCAUUGGUACCGAGCGCAGCCUCAAGAAGAUGUGGCUUCUCAUGGACGUAGCCACGACGAAAGGCCGCACCACCAUGAUCGGGAACGAAGCUCUCUGGACCCACGCUGACCUGCACAAUAUUCAGUUCUUUCUCACCAAGCUUAGCAUGCACUUUCGAGAUCCUGUCUGGGCCGACCCCUUCAUGAACACCCUUGUCAAACUCCUCUUGGGUCAGCGCACCCUCUACAAGCUCUGGCUCAUGCUCACGCGACACGGCCUCACGGAGCUGGGAGACAUUAUUAAGCUCAAGGUCCGCUACGACUAUCUGCCCGUCCACGAGCAGUACCGGCGUGCCCUCUUCGGCGAGAAGGUUCUUGGCGUCCCUGCUCACGAAGUUGGCGUCCUGCAUCUCGAAGCCUGGGGUCGUGGUACAGGCCAUCUUCAACGCCCGGAUGAGCUGAUCCGCACCGAGGCUGUCCGUCGCGGCCUCGAUAUUGACCGUCACAUCAUCUACAUGAUCCUCUGGGGCCAGAAGAGUAUACCUGAGGAUGAUUUCCUGGACGAGGACGAGCUCCCGGACGCGGACAUAUUGGAAACCACCACAUGGGCCGAGCUCUCCCAGCCCCAGCGCGCCGAUCUUCUCCAGGAGAACCUCGACACCUUCCGCUCCGAGCGGCAGUUCCUGUUUGCGCGCCAGGCACGCCUCAGCCGUAUCGCCCGCAUCAACGCCGCUGUGCAGGCCGACAUGGUCGGCGGCGGCGGAUCCGCAAGCAGCGCACCGGCCAUCAACCCCGACGAUGGCAUCGAUUUCUCCGCCCUGCCCACGGAAGACGACCCCAGUACAUGGACACGUACCGUCGUCAGCCCCGAGCCGGACAGCGGAGCCUUGCGCGGAUCCGAGCCGACCCUGACCGAGGCCAUGAGGGACGCCAUGCGGCGUACCGACCGCGUUGAUGGCGCGCAGUCCGACGACGACGUGCGGCUGUACAUCUAUGGCGUUCUGUUCGGCUCAGGCCUCGCCGACGAGGACCAGGAAAUCAGGGCUGACAAGGCGUGGGUCGACUGGGAGAGCGAGGACUCGGACCCGCGGUGGCUCGAGUACGUCGACGAGAUCAACGCCCCUGAUGACGAGAGUUUUGAGCAAUUUGAUGAUCUCGAGCUCUAUGAGCGGCAGGAGGAAGCUCAUGGUGAAGAUGAAGAUGACAGCACGGCUCCAGCCCUAUAUCCGGAGUUGACGGAUGAUGGAGACGUUGACUGGAAUCUGUACGACGAUCUGAGCAGUUCAAAUACCCCGCCCGAAGUGUGA